AUGAAGUUUCAUCUCUUUUUCUUUAUUCUGCUCUUUGGGGUCACAGUUUUACCAGCCAAAAGGAGAUAUCCCGAGUAUGGUAGCUUGGAUUUAAGGAAAGAGUGCAUAAGGAGCAAAGGUCACUGUAGAAUUCAGUGCCAAAGCAAUGAAAUUAGAGUUGCUUUCUGCAUAAGACCUGGAAGUCAGUGCUGCAUGAGCACACUGUAUAGCUUUGAGAGAUAUGAAAAAGUGAAAGGAAUACAUACAACAUUUUGUGAUGAUGUUGAAUAUGAUUACAGAUACUCCAUUAAAUGGAGAAAUCAGACAUGCACUCAAAUUCUGGAAGACAGGACUACAACUGAACAUCAAUUUUGCAACAGAGAUGCACCUUUUCAUUCAUGA